AUGGAGCUCACGACGCUGCCCGCCUCGCCGCCGCAGGACGACUUUCGGUUCGACGGGCCGAUGUUCACCGCCUUCCCGGAGGCGGCGCCGGAGGCGGGCACCAACCCGUUCGCCUCUACCGACGCCAUGGGGGACUCCAACCCGUUCUUGGCUACGGCGGUGACGGCGCCCCCGUCACCCAACCCGUUCGAGCUCCAUCAGUCCGCCUCCCCCGGUAUCGUUUCCGGCGCCGCCGACCCGUUCGACCUCUUCCAGCAUUUCACCAGCGCGCCCGCUAGCCCGGCGCGCGCCGCCGCCAUAUACGCGCAGUUCGACAGCAGCGUCGGCGACGGGAGCGGCCCUGACAAGGACAGGGCCGUCGUCGACGACGACGACGACUUCCAGCCCCGCGCGUCCUACUCCACUGCUGCCUCCACCGUGCCCUUCGACUGGGAAGAGAAGCCGGGGAAGCCGAAGACCGAGCUCGCCUGCGCCGCCGCCUCAGCGGCGAACGGGGAGGUGGACGACGCCGACUUCGACUUCGGCGUCCUCCUCGACAAGAAUGUGCAGGUGGCUGAACUGACGACGGCCGACGAGCUCUUCGACGAGGGAAAGAUCCGGCCCCUCAAGCCACCUCCGGGCUUACUCGACGGCGGUAGCGUCGCGUCAUCGCCACGGUCACCGAUCUCAAAGUCGUCGAUGUGGUCUCCCCGGCUACGCGGCCUGGUCGGUUCCGGCGCCGACUUUGACCCGUUCGCCGCCGCACUGGCGAAGGCAGCCAAGGGCCCCUCUCCUCUUGGCGCCGGUGCCAAAGACGCCGCCGACGCCGGAACAGCCUCUUCGCCGAGGAAACCAGACCCCGUCUCCGUCUCCGUCACGUCCCCGCGCUCCAUCCCUCCGGUCACGAUGAUCAACGGCGGGAGGAAGAAGUGGCGGCUCAGCGACAUGCUUCUGUUCCGGAGGUCAGCAGCCAAAGCUCGCGCCACCGGCAACAUUAGCAAGGAACCGGUCUUCAAGUACUCGCCGGUGCAACAGCUCGGCAGCGGCACGCCGGUCAAGAAGGCGACCGCAGCGGAGCCCGUAGCCGCCAACGGCGAUGUUUCCGCCGGGAAGCACAAGAAGCAGAGCAAGAAGGUCGCGGCGGCGGUCGAGGACGGCAUGGCAUCGCCGCACCGGCAUAGCGUGAUGGGGUGCGCCGGGCUGAACCCCGGCCUGCACCGGCUGGCCAAAGGGUUCAAUGGGUCGUCGUUGCACUUCGGCCACCGUCGCACCGCCCGGCGCCCGGUCAGUGAUGAACAGGUAAAAAUCCAUGGUGGCUAAUCUUUCUUGUCCUAGCAGAAGAACGAUGGAUUCUCCUCAGCAUGGCAAUCUUUUUCUUCUCGUUUUUAUUGGAUCAGUGACAAUGUAAAUUUCUUUUCUAUGUUCUGUUUGGAAUACGGGAAAUUUUCACAUUUUCCAUGGAACGAACUACCAAGGAAACAUUUACGGUUAAAUUCCUGCGUUCCAAGUUCCAACCGGGCUCUAGUUUUUUUUUUUUUAGUUUGGUCUUUUGGAUCAAUGUAUACUACGGUGUAUUACUACAUUUUGUAUUACAUUACACGGU